AUGGGGGGAUGUGGAUCAAGAGAAAAAGAAAUUAAAGAGAAAAUUGGGUUCUCAUAGAAUGAUUACGAUUAUGCAAUCAAACGGUUUUCUAAAAUGACCCAAUAAAAACCAGGGUAUUUGCAAAAUUUAUUAAAGGAAAACAGAUCAAUAUUUUAGUUUUGAAGGUUUCAAGACAUACUUUACUGAAAACCCUGUUUUUGCGUAAAAAUUAUACAUUUUUAUGAGAAAUUAUGGGGGUUAAAAUUAUGUUGACUUAAAUACAUUCCUAACAGUAGGUAAUUUAUAUUCUUAAGAGUAUAGUUGACUUAUUUACAAGAUCCUCUAUGAAAUUAUAGAGUUAAUUAAAGAACUUAGAUAUCUAUAUUUUAUUUAUUUUGGUAUCUCUUUCUAAUUCUGAGAUUAUGCAUAAGGAAACUUUCAAUUUUAAUAAUAUUUAUAAAAUAUCUAUUAGUUAUUCUAAUGGUGUAAAAUUAUUCAAAGUAAAAACAUAAAAUAAAAUAGGAACUAAUAAAUAUGUAAAGUGAUAAAGGUGAUAUUUUAUGUCAUGAUGAUGAUUAAGCUCCUAUUUUAUUAGUCAAUAAUAUUUUUGAAGGUAAUUAUUUUUAUAUUGUUAGAUCAUUCUAUUCUUAAUUAUAAAAUCUUUAAUGAUAAAAUUAAAUAAGAAACUCCACAAAUUUCCAAAAUUGUUAAGAAUUAUAUAGCAGGUAAGUUUAUUAAUAAGACUCUUAAAAAUAAAUUGCCUAAAAUGGAAUCUAGUGAAUUAAUGAAUAAAUAAUUGAUUGGUAUGAUAUUUUAAUAAAUUCUAAUAAAGCUCUUCUUAAUCUAAGUGUUCCUUGGUUCUAUAAAUGUGUAGCUAUUAAUCAAGUAUACAAAUAUGAAUCUGAAAGUGGAUAACCUUAUAAUUUCAAUAUUCUUGGAAACAGUCUCUUAUAAACAAAAGGACCUAAUGUUAUACUAUUUAGACAUCAUUAAAAAGAUAAAGAUACAGAUAAAAUAGAGAAAUACACUUUUGGUUAUUUUUCAUCUUCUCAAUGGAAAGUUUCACCUGAUAUAUCAGGGAAUAAGGGUUCUUUUAUAUUUUCUGUUCAUCCAAAAUUUAAAAUAUUCUCAACUAAUGACUAACAAUAAAGUAAAUUUGCUUUAUUAAUACCCAUCAUAACUAAAAAAUAGAGUCAAACUCUUCAUAGUCAAUUUAAAUAAGGACCAAAAUAACCAGGUUUAGGAAUUGGUGGUAGUGGAUAUGAUCAUCACAGAAUUUGGAUAGAUGGAAAGUAAUUGUAAGCAAGUAGAUUAAUGGAUGAUGAUAAGACCUUUUAGAGUGGACCAAUAAUACCAAAUAAUAUUCAUUUACUGAAUGUAUAUUUUAGUUAUAUUGAUAGAUAG